UAAAAGAAAAUUCAUUAAAUUAAUAAAUUAUUACUAACCCGUCAUAUCAAUUAUUUUCUGUUAUUCAGCAUUCAUUCGUACUGUCACUAAUAGUUCCCAUUUUCUCUCUCUUUAAGUAGGGAGGGAAUUGUAGCAUGAAUUACAGCUUUUAAACGAGCAGAUCCAAUUCAAGAGUUAAGUAAGAAUUGACGAGAUUAAAGGGAUGGCAUUGGGAAGAUAUACAAGGGUUGAUGGGAAGAAAUCGACGAAUUAUUGCUCGACAGUGACCGUGGUAGUUUUUGUUGCUCUUUGUCUGGUUGGGGUAUGGAUGAUAUCAUCAUCCUCUGAUACAGCUCCAGAAAACUUUGAUUUUCCCCAGGAGAAACAAAAAACUGAGGUUAAACAGGAUAAAUUAAAACAGGAAGAGGUGAAGCAAGAUCCAGUAAAAGAAUACAAUCCCGCUCACUUGCCUGAGGAUGCAAGUAAAGGAGACAGUAAUAUUAAGAGUGAAAACCCGAAUGAGGCGCCAUCGGAGGAAAAGAAAGAGGAGAAGCCGAGUGACGAUGAAAAAUCAGAUGAUACUAAUAAUAAAAGUGAGACAAAUGAACAAGUGAUAGAAGAAAACCAAAAUCUAAAGAAAGAUGGAUUUGAGGAAGCAAAUACGGAACAUGGUGGGAAUAAUACUGGUGAAAAGAAAGAAUCAGGUGAAGGUUCUAGUGAGAAUGAGAAGCAUUCGGAGGAGAGUCCUAGCAAAACACAAGACGAAAAGAAAGAGAGUGAGAUAGACGAGAAGGUGGAGCAAAAUCAAGACAGUGAAUCUGAUAAUAGUAGCAAAAUGGAGGGCGGUGAAUCAAAGGAACAGGUUGCUCAGGAGGUCUUUCCUUCUGGGGCUCAAUCUGAGCUCCUUAAUGAGUUUUCCACUCAGAAUGGUAGCUUCUCAACUCAGGCUGCUGAGUCAAAGAAUGAAAAGGAAACUCAAAAAUCUUCAACCCAACAAGAAAAACUUACCUGGAAACUCUGCAAUACCACUGCUGGGCCAGAUUAUAUUCCUUGCCUUGAUAACUGGGAUGAUAUCCAUCAUCUGAGGAGUACUAAGCAUUAUGAGCAUCGAGAGAGGCAUUGUCCUGCUGAACCACCCACUUGUCUUGUUCCCCUUCCUGUAGGAUACAAGCGACCUGUCGAAUGGCCUAAAAGCAGGGAAAAGGUUUGGUACUCUAAUGUUCCACACACCAAGUUGGUACAGAUUAAGGGGCACCAGAACUGGGUAAAAGUUAGUGGCGAAUACCUUACUUUUCCUGGUGGUGGAACGCAGUUCAAGAAAGGAGCUCGCCACUAUAUUGAGUUUAUAGAACAAAUGUUACCUGAUAUUGCAUGGGGAAAACGAUCACGUGUUGUGCUGGAUGUUGGAUGUGGAGUUGCGAGCUUUGGAGGUUUUCUCUUUGAUAAAGAUGUGCUGACUAUGUCAUUUGCUCCAAAAGAUGAGCAUGAAGCUCAAGUGCAGUUUGCUCUUGAACGAGGAAUUCCAGCUAUAUCUGCUGUUAUGGGAACACAGAGACUGCCUUUCCCCGGGAUUGUUUUUGACAUUGUGCAUUGUGCUAGGUGUAGGGUUCCAUGGCAUAUUGAAGGUGGAAAGCUCUUAUUGGAACUAAACCGUGUGUUGCGUCCUGGUGGUUACUUUGUGUGGUCUGCCACUCCAGUUUAUCAGAAACUUGAUGAGGAUGUUGCAAUUUGGAAAGCGAUGUCUAAAUUGACCGAACAAAUGUGCUGGAAACUUGUCAAGAAGGAAAGGGACGCAAUGAAUAAGAUUAGUGUAGCAAUCUACCAAAAACCAUCAUCUAAUGAGUGCUAUGAACAGAGGUCCCAGAAUGAACCCCCAUUAUGUGAGCAGUCCGAUGAUCGUAAUGCUGCCUGGAAUAUCCCCUUGCAAGCAUGCAUGCACAAAGUACCAGAAGGUGAAACAGAACGCGGGUCUCAGUUGUCAGAGCAAUGGUCAGCAAGAUUGCAAAAGGUACCAUACUGGCUAACUAGUUCUCAGGUUGGUGUUUAUGGGAAGCCGGCACCUGAGGAUUUCUCUGCAGAUUAUGAGCAUUGGAAACAUGUAGUUAGCCAAUCUUACCUCAAUGGCAUCGGUAUCAGCUGGUCCAAUGUGAGAAAUGUGAUGGAUAUGAGAGCUGUUUAUGGAGGAUUUGCUUCAGCUCUGAGAGAUCUGAAAAUCUGGGUCAUGAAUGUGGUCACUGUAGAUUCACCCGAUACACUUCCUAUUAUUUAUGAACGCGGUCUCUUUGGGAUUUAUCAUGAUUGGUGCGAGUCAUUUAAUACUUACCCUCGAUCAUAUGACCUCCUUCAUGCGGAUCACCUAUUCUCUAAAAUCAAACAGAAGUGCAACAUGCCAGCCUUGGUUGUUGAGGUCGAUAGGAUCUUACGACCUGAAGGAAAGAUCAUUGUCCGCGACAAAGUUGAGAUUAUUAACGAGUUGGAAACAUUGCUUAGAUCGAUGCACUGGGAGAUUCGACUGACCUAUUCCAACGACAAAGAAGGAUUAUUGUGUGCCCAGAAGACAAUGUGGCGACCUGAUGAGGUGGAGACUCUGACGUAUGCAAUCAAGUAAACUCAUACAUACUCUAUGGAUGCGUAAUUCUGAAGAGUCACCUCGUCGAGUCGUGCAUUCUGUACUUUUAUAGGUAUUCUUUCAGUUCUUUAAUAGCUAAUUGCAAUCUGUAGUUAGCUAUAAAUUUUUGCCCCUGGCCCCUUCAGGAAAAGGUUCAUGCACUAGCAGUGAACAUAGCCUACGCAAUCUGGGUUGUGAUUAACCAUAUAUAGCCAAGUAGGAGGGAAAAUGCAACAAUUAGUUUCUUGAUGAGGAAAUAUUGGGUUCAAAUUUGUACGCACGAAACUAUAAGAAAUGUUUAUAAUUUUAGUUCUAUUUCGUGAAAUAUAGCUUCACAAGUAAUUUUUUUUCUACUCCA